AUGGGAGGGUUUGUUGGUACUAUCCACUUUCCAGCCAACUUGACAGUAACGGCGUUUGAUAACAACAAUGCUGCUGCACUGCUGCAGCCUGACAAUCACACCAUCAUCAACACACAGCCGUUAUAUCGGUGCACACCUGGCUCACCCGUGCUAUCGCUAGUGCAGUCGGGUGUGACAGCCAAGGACGAUAUAGUGUGGGGUAGUGGCACGUGGGGUGCACACGGUGGUAGUGAGUUGUCCUCCAUUGGUGGCACUAUUCGACUCGGAGAGUUGUUGCCGAAUACACCGUCAAUUCAACAUGCACUCAAGCUGGAGUUGUUCGCAUACCAAUACUACUACAACCAGAGACCUGGCUACGUGUGGCCUGCACUAAAUUGCGACGGUUAUGCAUUCGAUCCAGACGCUCAAUAUCCUUAUGGUGGCACUGAUAUUUAUUUGUCACCUGGCGCACUUCUUGCCAUUCCCUCCAGCAUCGCUGUCAACGUCACUACCGUACCGGGACAGAAGAUGC